AUGCAUCUCUCCAAGACUCUACUCCUGGCCUUCGCCGUCAGCGUUUCCGCCCAAGACGUCGGCUCCGUGGUCAACUCGGUCAUCUCAGGCGCCACUUCCAUUGCCGGAGACAUCACAUCUGUCGCCGGGUCCAUCGCCUCAGGUGCCACUUCGGUUGCCGGCGACGCAACAUCACUGGCAGGAUCCAUCGCUUCCGAUGCUACUUCGGUGGGAGGAUCGUUGGUCACAUCUGCCGCUUCGCUAGCCUCGUCCAUUGCCAGCAAUGUCCCCUCGGGAGCCGACUCGGUCGUGUCUCGCUUGACAUCUGACGCUGCCUCUAUCCAGUCCGACGCCGAGUCAGUGGCUUCCAGCCUGCGGUCCGAAGCCGCCACAGCUGCCCCGUCCGCCCAGAGCAGUCUGUCGAGCCGCAUCAGCAGUGUCUUGGCCAGUGCCUCUUCGCGGGAAAACAGCCUCGUCAGCAGUGCCACUGCCGCAGGCAGCUCCUUGAUCAGCUCGGCCACGAGCGCAGUUGGCAGUCUCACCUCAUCGGUUUCUAGCAAGGCAUCCGCAGCCGCUACCAGUGCGUCUGGAAAUGGUGCUGCUGCUGGAUAUGCUGCUCCUGCAGCUGGAAUUAUGGGCGGUGUCUUCUUGGGCGCUGUCGCUCUUCUUUGA